AUGUGGGCUUCUAAUGAUGGAAAUGAUCCUGUGGAGACUACCAACACAAUUGGUUCUCCUCGUGUGCUCUUAGUUGAUGAUUCUCCAUCUGAUUGCCUUAGGACCUGCGUCCACUUAAGGCGCCAUAAUGUUCUAGUGACUGCUGUCAAAUUCCCAUGGCAAGCCUUAGAGCUCUUGAAUCAGGAACAUGUGGUGAACCUAGUUCUAACUGUGGAUCGAAUUCUAGAUCAUAUGAGUGGAUAUGAUCUACUGAUGGAAGUGAAGAAAUCACCAAAGUUAAACCAUCUCCCUGUGGUGAUUAUCUCCGAUGAUAUGAUCCAUGAAAGGGUCAAAAGGUGCUUGGAUGGGGGAGCCAAGGACUACAUCCAAAAGCCUAUGGAGUAUAGUCAUGUUACUCGCAUUUUAAGCUACAUUUGA